AUGAAGCAAGAGAAUUCGGAAUCUAAUUCGUUUGAAAAAAUUUCGUAUAUUUCUGACACCGAACAAAACUUGGAUUCUAUUAAAACCUCCCAACAAGUUCCUGAGUCUGAGGCCUCCAACUCGGAUAAACAAAAAUGUGUCUACAAAAAGAAAAAAGAUGAGGAAGAUGGUUACUUUUUUUUCGGUUACGUUCCAAACUAUACUAUUCCAAUUAUCGGGAUUCAAAUGUCUUAUCCCAUUGAUGUUAUUGGCAGCUACUCUAAGUGA